UUUUUUUGAGUUUAGUAAAUGACUGCAGCAAGAAAUACAGUGUUGGUCUGACGUGAGAGCGCUGAGCUAUAGGAGGCAAUGGAAGAAGAGGCUAAUCGCAUCCCGAUUUCACUACAUUUGACAUUAUUACGAGGAAUCUAAAUGCAAGAAGACGAAACCGAGUUGUGAGUCCCGAACUUGACCGGACAAUGGAAGUAGCUCUCUGCAGCAGUUACAUCUCACCCAUGGGAGUCAACUACCGAGACACGGCGAGUACCUGCAGAAAAACAUCAGUCAGCACCGCCGGGGUAACUACAACUACGUGUGGCUUGAAAGCAACACCUCUGAUUUUGGGAUGCAUAUAAGAGAAAGCGUUAAGAAAAAAACACUGACUACGUAUGUAUAUAUUUCGUGUAACAACUGUGCAAUUCCGCUACUGAUCUAGACGUAAGGGGUAUACAACCACGUAGUAAAACCUCUUCUAAAAUUGAGACAUUCAUUAAGACGCAGAGCACAUGCAUUGCCACAUUUAUCACUGAAGGAGGCAUGUUGAAAUUGACAAAUUCCCCUUGUAACAAAAUCCAAAUGGAUCGCAUAGAAUAAACGUCGGAAAUAUCUGUGAUAUCGUAGCCUAACGUGCUGUACCCUCAAAGCAACAAUAACCUGGGCUGAGUAAAAUUCCGCAAACCGCGUUUGCCGCUGUCCGUUGUCCUGAAAAAGUACUCAUUAUUUGGGUUAUCCGAAUCAAUGACGGAGGUCUAAGGAAGAGGGUUUCAUGGCCUGGCCGGUUAUGAACAUAUUGUGGUUUUCUUGUGACUCUGGAAUCUGAAAAAAAAACAACAGAAGAAUUGUUCACCUUGGAGGUCCGAAAUCAUUAAAGAAAUUGGAAUUCUACUAUUGGUACUCCUGGAGCUGUAGGUAGCCCGAAUGAGACCGGCAAAAAUGUUCCGAAUAAACGCUCUCGGGAUCUAUUUGUGGGAAACAAUAGUAUUUUUCAGCUUUCUUUUUGGAGCUAUAAGUUGCUUGGCAGCCUCUAAAGAAUCUGCGGCUCGAAAAGCCGCCUCCCCAAUGCCUCCCUCUGAGUUCCUGGACAAACUCAUGGGUAAAGUUUCGGGUUACGAUGCAAGAAUCAGACCUAAUUUCAAAGUUGCAGGGGUCCCCCCGAGUGGAAGAGACCCACAAGGCCCCAAAACAGAAGCUUCUCACAAGAAAGGUCCCCCUGUAAACGUAACGUGCAACAUUUUUAUUAACAGCUUUGGGUCCAUCGCUGAAACAACAAUGGACUACAGAGUGAAUAUCUUCCUGAGGCAGCAAUGGAACGACCCCAGGCUGGCCUAUAGUGAAUACCCCGAUGACUCUCUCGACCUGGACCCGUCUAUGUUGGACUCUAUCUGGAAACCUGAUUUGUUCUUCGCCAAUGAAAAAGGCGCCAAUUUCCAUGAGGUUACGACUGACAACAAGCUACUAAGGAUUUCAAAAAAUGGGAACGUAUUGUAUAGUAUUCGAAUAACACUGGUCCUGGCCUGUCCCAUGGACUUGAAGAACUUCCCAAUGGACGUACAGACCUGUAUCAUGCAGCUAGAGAGUUUCGGCUAUACGAUGAAUGAUCUCAUAUUUGAGUGGGAUGAGAAGGGAGCCGUGCAGGUAGCAGACGGGCUGACGUUACCUCAGUUUAUACUGAAAGAGGAGAAAGACCUGCGAUACUGUACCAAGCACUACAACACAGGAAAGUUCACUUGUAUCGAGGCUCGUUUCCAUCUGGAGAGGCAGAUGGGCUAUUACCUGAUUCAGAUGUACAUCCCCAGCCUUCUGAUUGUCAUUUUGUCCUGGGUGUCCUUCUGGAUCAACAUGGACGCUGCACCUGCCAGAGUGGGAUUGGGCAUUACCACCGUGCUCACUAUGACCACCCAGAGCUCCGGCUCCCGAGCCUCCCUCCCCAAGGUGUCGUAUGUGAAAGCCAUUGACAUCUGGAUGGCUGUGUGCCUCCUGUUUGUCUUCUCGGCCCUGCUUGAGUACGCCGCUGUGAACUUCAUUGCUCGGCAACACAAGGAACUGCUGCGCUUCAGGAGGAGAAGGAGACACAUGAAGGAGGAUGAGGGCGGUGAGGGCCGGUUCAGCUUCACCGCCUAUGGCAUGGGCCCUGCCUGCCUGCAGGCCAAAGACGGCAUGGCCAUCAAAGGGAACAACAACAACGCCCCGACCGCCACUGCCGGCCCUCAGGAGAAAACGGUGGAAGAGAUGCGCAAGCUCUUCAUCGGCCGCGCGAAGAGGAUCGACACGGUCUCUCGCGUGGCUUUCCCGCUAGUCUUCCUCAUUUUUAAUAUUUUCUACUGGCUCGUAUACAAGAUCAUCCGAAGCACGGAUGUACACCAGAUGACGUAAGCAAGGGAAGAGAGAGAGUUCAAUACCACACCAUCCUUCUCCCAAACCCAAUACUCCUCGCUCUUCACUUGCUCACUUGCUUUUGGUGGCUAUCGCCUUGGCAAAGGUAAUUUAUCAAUAUUUGUUCUUUUAUUUAAUUUUUCCCCCCUCUUUUCAACCUGAAUAAUCCGGACCAGUGCAAUAGCAAUGCAGUAAAAUGCAUGAUAUAUGAAUGUGGCAAAAUAUUUACAAAACGAUAAAUCAGUAAAUGUUACGACUUUUACCGAUACAUCGGGGAAUUUAUGAUAACUGAGAAUUUAGAAAGAAAGAGGUGUUCUUCUAAGAAGUGUUCGUUUAAUUUUCGCAACUCAAAGAAGACAGACACUGCAUUCUAAAGAAGAAGAAGAAGAAGUAGAAGAAGAAGAAGAAGAAGAAGAAGUUGGGAAACAUACAGCACUGUAAUAUAGUAUAUAUCUAUCAUAUAUUUAAAAACUGUUAUUUCUCUCGAAAGGCAGAUGUCUGGAUGGAACACUGAGGGAUGGAUUUUUAAAAGGAUACUAAGACGAUUUUAGUGUUUCCGUUAAUAAAGUGUCGCAAGGAUCGUGUGUCCUAUAUAUCGCAAUUAGCUUCAAUGUGUGUUGCAAGCACUUAUCAACGCUCCCUGAGCCCUCAACGAAAAACUGACAUUUCAUGUGGUUGAUGCUGCUAUCAACUAUAUGAAGGAAACUUAAUGAGUCAAAAUAAUAUUCUAUUGUUUCUAACCGCUGUGGUCAACGUGUUCCUCUGUCGGCCCUUAACUUUAUUUCUCAAUUGCAUAUCGUUUUUAAUUUUAGUGCCAAGUAUAUAUCAUGUUGCUGUAAUCAGCUCAAGCUCUUCUUGGGAACUCUAAAUUCUAAAGGGACAUUUGCCAUCAUUCACAUAUCCUCAUUGUUGCAUUCGUUCAUUCAUUUAUCCAUGUGCUUUUUUUUUUAAAGGAUUUGGUACUUAAAUCAAAAUAGGAUUCAUUAAAAGUGAAUCUACACUGGAAAAAAAAAUAAUAAUUGAAUCCUAAUUCUUCCUACUCAUUUCAUUGAAGCUGUACUGUUAACAUUUGUUUUGUUAUUUUCAUAGUUUAUUACCCAGUUACGGUAAGAUACCCAGCAGGCAAUGGAGAAAAAUGUAGUGAGUUAAGAUUAAAACAAGAAAACACCUACUGUACCUUAACAAUUAUUACCAUUCAUAUAUUUACACACAUUAGGAGAAAGGCAAUGGAGAAAAAUGUAGUGAGUUAAGAUUAAAACAAGAAAACACCUACUGUACCUUAACAAUUAUUACCAUUAAUAUAUUUACACACAUUAAUAAUGUAGCUAAAAAAAAACAUAUGCAUUAUUAUCAUCAUUUACUAAAUAGGCCUAAAAGAUAUUCACUCAAAAUCAUGGAAAAUAGUGUGAUACUUUAACAACAACGAUCGGCACAAUGUUCUCAUUGGUGUGUAAUACAGUACAUGUUAUAGUUCACAAUACUACAGUAUACUGUGAAACUGAUUGAUUAAUACAUUCAUUCAACUAGUCAGUGGCUUGAUUUAAGAUACUGAAAUCCAUUACUUCUCACCAGGCUUUUCUAUGCAAUGAUUAAUAUAUGCAAUUAUUUUUUUAAAUUAGCUUUACCAUUUACAAAACAUUAUCAUGAAUCUGUUUGAACUUGUGAGCCAUCAAGUUUUUUUAAUUUAAGACAUCACAGAUCACAGUGCUCAUCUUUCCAAAGGUGGACAUACAUACCAACACACACGAGGCCUUCAGAUCUACACCCUUAAGCAUAAUGUAAACUAUUCACCCUCCUCCUAGGCCCAUCAUUCUCCACGCAUUUACAUUCAACUACAAACGGGCCAAGCUACAGUGGCUUUUCAUAUUGCAUAUUUAAGACUCUCUGCUCUCUGUAGCCCCACCUCUGGGACAUUGUUUAGCUAGCCUAAAGUGCUGUCACCAAGCCCCAGAAAUAAAGACUACACUACUGCUACCACAGGAAGUAUGGCCUGCGACACAUUGUCAUGGAUGGGAGACUCGGACACCGUUGAAAUAAACACUGGUCGAGUGAGUUUUUACAUUUAACUUUAAUGCCAAAUGUUAUUUUCCUCUACUUGGUUUUUAUUCCAAACCAGAUAAGUGUUUUGUUAACCUAUGAUCAUUGCCUUCCUGGUUCGGUUUUGAAUAUGACGUCAUAAGGGGAAAGAUGCCAGAACACCUUUGGACACAAUAUUAUAUACUGGUUCAGGAUAUUGUUUAGGUUUUGUUGUCGUAACUUAGAUUGAUUCAGUUCUUUCCAUUGACUUCCCAGUGUGUGGAUAAAGUGCUUCCAUUUCUUUUUUGUGGGAAUACGAUGCUAUUCAAUUAACAAUAUUAUAUAUAUUUUGAUAUGAAACGUUUUCUCUGCUUCUUCAUCCCUGUUUUCUUCUUCUUCGUGAAAAGUGUAAUCCAUUACUUUAACAGGUCAUAGAUUUUUUCGAAUGUGUUAAUGAUAGUUUGAGGUAGUUUGAUGUUUGAGGCUUGAUGGACUUGCACAAGAGAUUAUAACAAUAUUUUACAUUUCGGUCAAUUAUUUCUUAAAUUCAUAUUUACCUUCCGGUUGAGGCAGUAUUUGUCAAAAGAUAUGUGUGUUUUUAACAGACACAGUCCAUGUGGGUAAAUUGAUUUGAAGGUCUAUGUUUUUGCAUUAGUGUUAUUUUAUCCCAGAAAAUUAACUUUUCUACAUGGGGCAUACUUAUGUACUUUAUAAUGUUAUGCUUUACCCAAAACUAUGCAUUUAUAAAAGUUCAUUGUUAGAAUAGGGUUAAAACAUAAAGGGCCUUUUAAAAUAUCAGCACAGUAAUCAAUAUGUUUUGAAAGUGCUGAAUGAUUUGUUGAUACAGAUACAGUAUUUAUUUGUUGGCUGUAAUACAUCAGUACAGAAUUUGACCAUGAAUCUUUCCUCAGUUUUGACUUCCUCCGACUAAACUAUCCAUUAAAUAAGAUUAUAUCCAGUGUUGAAUAUGCAACAAACUAGUAACUAGUCAUAUCAUGUACCUCCACUCAACCACCAUGAUAUUCACUCAUCCAUUCAAUAGUUAUGGAUUGAACUCUAUGCCCUGACCAUGCGAAGGAUCACUGCACUUGGGACAAUGCUAUAUGGAUUUACUGUAACCAAUUGCUUAUUAAGGUGCAUUAUUACUAGCGACCUGUCCAGGGCGUGUACUUGUACAUCAAGCUGCCUCAUGCUACAGAAACAGGAGAUAGGCUCCAGGGUUGGGGUCAAUUCCAAUUUAAAUUGAAUUUUAAUUCAAUUCAGAAUCGAGCUGGAAUUAGAAUUGAAUACAUGGGAAAUGAAUAGGCAGAAAGAAUUGAAUUGGAAUUGAAUUUCUGGAAUUUACCCUGACCCUGAUAGGCUCCUGCCCUACGGGACAAGGGGCAGGGGCUCGGACAAGGCUUACUUUGUUUAUUAUGUUAUUCAAGAUGGAAAUGACACUUAAUGCUCUGAAUAGACAACGUCAACAAGGUCUAACGUAUUCUAGAACACUGACACAUUCUACAACAAGAAUUGUAUGUUUAACUUAAUUGCUCAGCAGAUCAAUGUUCAAAGUAUGGAAGUGGUAGGAAUGUUCACUGAUGGGGAAAACCCUCCAUUGAACAAAUAGGACUUCCUCCCCUUCAUAUCAACCUGACCUAUCAUAAUGUCAAAUAUUAUUGACAAUGAAGGAAGUUCAUAUAAUAUUUGGCAUAUAGGACAGUGCAAUAUGAACAUUUUAAAAGUAUGAAAUUCAACUAGCAUGUUAUGAUUUGUUAGUAAUUGCUGAUAACAACAGCUGUUUGAUUCUGUUUAUUGUCUUUUUAAUAUAUCAGAUGCCCUGGUUGUGGUGAUGCACUCACCGCCCAGUGAUAGAGAUGGACACAAAUAACCAGUCAUGAACUGAACUGUACACAAAAAUGGAAACGUUUCUAUUUAUGUAUUUUUAUUCAUUUUUAGCACACAAGUUGGAAUGGCCUUAAUUUAGUUUUACUUGCUUAAAUAUUGUGUAUUGGCACAAAGUGCACAUCUUAAUUUGCUAAUUACAGUUAUGAUAAUAAUAAUCCAAGAGUGCACUUCAGAAGAAGGAAAAAAGUUCAGCAAAUCCUUUUUUUUUUUUUUUGAUUAAAAUGUGAAAACACUGAAUAUUUUGCAUGAAUAUAAACACGAUGGCAGAUAUUUUUGGCUUGUACAAAAAUGUUAGCAAUUUGAAGAAGAAAAAAGGAAUGUACAAUUUCUGCUGUAACUGUAUAUAACUAAAUAUUUAUUGAAAUAUGUCAUUAUAAGUAAUUCUAAUUACAAUUAAAGGUUUUCUGAACAAAAAUCUCUUUGACCUCUUUUUU